UUUGAAGUUUGCGACGUUUCCUACCAACAGCACAGGCAUCACCGUGACCCAGGGAAACCGAUACUGCUGGAUAAGUGUAACGGUGAACGGAGAGCAGCUUUUUACCAACUCCUCACCGCGCAUGUCCGGAAACUACGUUACCGGGGGCGUGUCAAUGAAGUACAACAAGCUACCGGAAAGACUCGAAAUAAUUGGUCCGACAUCUGUUCCGGUCAUUGCACAGGUAUUUCGGCAGUAUGGGCAAGAGUACGUCGGAACCGCACCGGAAGUGACGUAUGAAUAUCAUGUGCCAACCGGAAAUCGGCUGACAACAGCGAACAUGUGGAAGACACGUGCAGGCGCAUGCUCGAAAUAUUGCGGUACAGGCGCACAAACUCCAGUCAUCACGUGCGAGAGUGUUACCACGGGGACAGUUGACGACUACAACUGUAUUCUGGCAGAGAAACCCAGCGAGGUUCCACAACCUUGCAACGCCCAGGCAUGUCCACCUAGUUGGCGAGCAGCGGGGUGGGGAGAGUGCACGGAGUCAUGUGGAGGAGGGGAGAAACAUCGAUUGGUACAAUGUGUGGAGGAAAACAACAACGUGAACAGGGUUGUCGAGGACGGUCGAUGUGUUGAGCAGAACAAGCCAGUCGCGACAUCCACGUGCAAUUCACACGUUUGUCCGGGUGUAUGGGAAGCUGGGGCGUGGACCGAGUGCUCCACAACCUGCGCACGAGGUAUACGUGCCCGUUUGGUCCGCUGUUAUUCGAGCUCUACGUCUAACUUUCCAAUCAACGCUAGCUUGUGUAUCCAGACGCUUAAACCUGCCGAACAGGAAGACUGCAUACCGCGUGCGUGUGAAACGAAACCAGGCUGCAUGGACGAAGCUGGCGAGUGUGAGAACUACGCUUUCGGCUUCUGCACGAAUCCUUUGUACAGUACCUGGGCUAGGAAGAAGUGCGCCAAAUAUUGUGGAUACUGUGCUUGUAGCGACGCGUCAAACAAUUGCCCCUAUUAUGGCAGAAGCGUGUGUACAGAGUUCAAACCAUGGGCCACGCAGCACUGCCAGAAAUACUGUGGAUUCUGCGGAAACAGAAAGAAGCGUGAUUUGCGCGACGUGAUUAUGCCAGCGGAAGAACCACCGAAAGCUAAGGCAUGCAGACAACAUUUUACUGCUGUUGCUGGUCACCUGACCUCUGUGCACAGUAGUGACGUCAACGGUGAGGUUACCGAAUGCGAGAUCUACGUCAUAGUGACACCAGGAAGGAGCGUGCAGAUAACGUUCACGGAGUUUCACGUGGUUGACAUCUCUGGUCAUCCAGGCUGCAUCAAGGUUGAGGACACGGACCUUGGAGAAAUGGAAUCCUUCUGCGGCGAGUUGUCUCCCUUCAUCUGGCAGUCACUUGGUGCGCGCGUCAGACUGGUUUACGGCCGGGGGCGUGAAAAUGGCGGCUUCAAGGCAGAGUACACAGUCAAGACUUUGCAAAGAACUUAAAUUCAUAAAAAAUGUGUAUUUACAGUAUACGCAAUUAAGAUAUUGUACAUUUUUAAGAUUAACACUUGAAAUUCUUAAUCAUGAACCGACUCUGUAACAAUCGUAUGAAAUGAAUGACAUACCAUUAAAUUACAUGUUCUACAUGCACAAAUAUUGAAUUACCAUCCCUAUAAUAUCAAUAGCUGAUAUGGAUACGCUUUAUGCGUUUCAAGAAAUGAUCGAAUUACUUA